CAUCGUCAACGGAAGGCAGUUCUUACAUGAGCCUCUUCACUGGAGACCAUGGUGUAUCACAACUAGAUCGGUCGUCUGCUCUGCCUUCAUGCCAGUACUCGGGUAAGCAACAUUUAAGUUCUCGAGGAACGAUUCAAAAACCGCUGUCAGGGCCGCCCACGUCAGACUUUAGUUCACACGACAUGUCGGUCGCAAACUACACAUCACACGACUCAAUCACUAGCUACACAUCACACGAUUCAUCCACAAACUACACACCGCGCAACUCAAUCCCACACUACAGCAUGCAAGGCUCAAACAAAAACAAUGCAUCGCAUGCCUUUACUCAGGAAACCCUCGAACCGUUUGGAAGCCAAACAGUCAGCAGCGACUUAAACCUAUUUCAUACUCCACUGAGC